AUGCAUCUGCUUCUGCUGGUCUCUGUGGCUCUCCUGGUCCUGGGUCAUGUGCCACCAGGAAACAUCACCUCUGUGUGGAGGAGCGAAUUCAAACGGUGCUGGAAGGGCCAAGGGGCCUGACAAACUUACUGCACGAGGCAAGAAACCUUCAUGCACCUGUGUCCAGAUGCCUCCCUGUGUUGUCUCUCCUAUGUCCUCAAGCCCCUUGCAGUCCCCAGGGCUGAACAUGUGUAG